UUCAUAAAUAUGAAUUGACUUCGAUUUUCACAGAAAACGACGAUUUAAAACAAUUCCACGAGGGAGAGUGCGGGAUGUACGCACCAAACAGCACCGUGUUGACAUAUUUGAAAUCAACGGCUGGAGGCCUAUGACGGCACAUAGUCGUGAUAAUAUCAAUGAGAUAAAUUUUCCAGAGCUUCUGAAAGGGCUAGAAAGCCCACAAAAGGGCGAAUGGAGAAAGAAUGUGUAGGUGGGCCAAGACGCAAGGCGCUCUUCAGUUGUAUGCAGUCGGCCAUAUUUGGUGGUUGGCGGGUGUCCGGUGCGCGCGCCCUCUCUCUCUCGCUCUCUGCAGCCUCGCCCUGGCAACACACGUAUCCAAAAACAGUUACUAUGUCUGAGGAGCUGCAAGCCGAUUUUGAUGGUGGUGAUGCUGGUGCAUCAAACGUUUACCCCGCCCAGUGCUCCUCUCUCCGCAAAAAUGGUCAUGUUGUCAUCAAGAAUCGUGCUUGCAAGAUAGUGGAAAUGUCCACCAGCAAAACCGGUAAACACGGUCAUGCCAAGGUGCAUCUCAUUGGCAUUGACCUCUUCACAGGAAAAAAAUAUGAAGAUAUUUGUCCUUCCACCCACAACAUGGAUGUACCUGUGGUGAAACGUGCAGACUACCAGUUGAUUGAUAUCUCUGAUGAUGGCUUCCUCUCACUGAUGAUGGAAUCUGGCGAACUCCGUGACGAUAUUAAAAUUCCAGAAGGAGACUUGGGCACAGAAAUCAGGACUAAAUUUGAGAGUAAUGAGGACCUUCUGCUGACAGUACUUUCUGCUAUGGGUCAGGAAAUGGUAGUUGCUACUAAGCCAAACAUGAAGUAAAUUCUUAACAAUCCUUCCAUUGCUGCUAACUACACCAUCAUUAUCACCACCUUCAGGACAACCAUUUCUCUUUAAAAAAAAAAAAUAUACAAAUAUAUUUUUUUCGUAUUAGAACGUACGGGGCUAAUGGUUGAUAACUGUGAUUAUUCUGCAACAGAGUUCUGGGUGCCAUGGAGAGGGAACACUAAGCUUAAUUGUAAUCAAGGCAGAAUUUCAUUUGUCUGCUAAAAUGACAUCUUUGGUUCAUGUCACCAUGGUAACCAUUUGUAUUCUGUUGUACCCAUCUAAUAUAUAAGAGAACCAAACUAGUUUCUUUUUUUCCUACUUUAUUUUUCAUUUUGUGGCAGAAGGGAGCCAUCAAUGUCAUACAUAAAGUAUACAUAAGCGUAUAUGCAUGUCCCGUUGGACAAUAACUUGAGAGAAGUUCCAGCCACUAAACUGUUUUGUUUGUUUUGAGGAAGGUCCUCGUCACAAGUUAUUUGACCCGUUAAUAAUAAUAGUACUCCCUGGUUCGGUUUUCUUUUGUGAUGAAACUGAGGAAUAAAUGGUAAUGUUUAUAUGGCGUUUGAUUGUGCAGUUGAUCCAAGCUUAGUGCAGGAGAACCUUCACCUUCACUUUUAUUUUUUACAGCUCACCCUUGCGUGGCAACUUUCUAGGCCCUUGUAAAACUUGCUUUUUCUAUUUUCAUUUAGUUUUUUCAAUUUGUUUUUUUACUUUAUCAUGCAUAAUUCAUAUGCAAAAUAUUAGAAUAAAAUUGACAACCAUUCCAGUGUUAAGAUGUUUUUUUCAUUAGUUUCCCCAGAAUGAGAGAUCAGUUUAUAACAUUUGAAAAUUUCAGUUAAUUGGGUCACUUAGUAAUUGCUUGGGAGAAUGUGAGAAUACUUUGCAUUUUGGUGUGUUGGGUUUUAAUAAAUUGUCUUGAGGAUUUUGGGGUAACCUGUUACAUGGGAUCUGUGAUGCCCUAUUUAGCCUAUUUCUAUUGAAUAUUUAUUUGAAAUCACAUUAGAAUUGUAUAUGGAGUAGAUCAUUUUUAUUAUUUUGAGGUUGAUAAGUGAAUAUAUAAUUUUUUCAUGUUUUAUUGUUGAAAUUCAUGUUGGAUCUUUGAAGUUAAAUAUUUAAUUGGUAAAGCAAAAGCACAAUUGUGUGGGGAAAAUAUUGAAAUUUAACUGACAUGUAGGUGAGCGUUCGUGUAUUACGAAAAAUGUUUUGAACUAAAUUUUUGCAAAAGAUUUCCAUUCAAAUGAGCUACUAUAUUUGGUUUGACAGCUGAAACUUUUAAUUUUUUUAUUGUAAUGAUGUUGCAACAUAUAAUAGUUUUGCAAGUGUUGAGAUUGGAUGUUUUUCAGAAGCAUCGCACUAUACACUGUAGUGUGCACCUGUUGAUAUUGAGUUAAAAGUCUUCUACUAACAGCUCUGGAGAACGCUCACCUUUUCAGUUUGUUAAAUGAAUAUUCGUGGGAUGCACUGUAUUAUGGGUAUUUCAAACAACUUUUGUACUGAUGUUUGUCUUUGACAAAUUAAUCUUGUGCAGUGAAGUUAUCACAACCCAUUUUGUAAUUUGUUGGUGCAUGAUGAUAAGCUGUAAAUUCUUUCAAUAUAGCAAAAUCAUAAUGCUGAUUUUCAGCCAAGUGUGAACUACAAACGAAAUAAACAUCUUGAAUACACACCCUGUCGACGUUUUACAUCCAAGCUGGUCCUUUUCUUAGGGCUGCAAAGUAGUUGUUCAAAGUGAUCAUGAAGUGAGAUGCUCUGAAAAAUCAGCAAUAUAAACUAUUGCUUAAUCACAGCUCUAAAGCUGCUAAUAUUAUAACAAAUUAUGAAGCUUAGCAGAUUUUUUAAUUUGUCCACGGCUAUCUCUUCAAUGCUCAGGAAUUUUGCAUAUAUUCAGUUCGUUUGGCACUUAUUUAUUAGGCUAUCGGCUUUUAAGGUAUUUUUGACUUGCUUAAUUUGCGUGAAAUUUCCAUGUAUGUUGUACAUGAGUAUUGUAAAGUGUUUUAUAUAUAUAUAUAAUAUAUAUAGUACUGUAAUUGAUAAUUGCUCAAGAUUUCUGAAAGUGUAAAAGCAAUUUUGGCAGGCUUGCAGUAGUAAAACUUUUGAAACAAGUCUUAGAGGUGUUUAGACAAAAGUACAGCGCAGGAUAAACUUUCAAUUUACUAGACCUACCCAACAUUGUCUUUACACCGGAAAAUGUAGGAAAUUAUCUUGCAGUGAAAUUUUUCCCGUAAGUUGUGUAUAUAUAAGCAGUCAUCAGUGUUUGAUUUCCUUUCUUUCCGUAAGCAUUUGAUUGUAAUUUGAAUUAUUUUUUAUACAAAUUUGGAAAUGUCAUCAGUUAAGCAAAACGACAUGCAACAUAAUUUUGGAUUUGUACAGUAUGUGGUAAGUUAUCCAUUUUGGUGGGAUGCCUCACCUUUCAUUAUGCCUGCGAUAGUAAGGGGGAAUAAAAUGGUUAAUUUUUAA